AUGGCUGCUUCCAAUCUAUUCAAACUAGAAGACGAAAGAGAUCUGAAAAAGAUUCUUAAAGAAAGCAAAGGCUCUGUUGUGUUUGUUGAUUUUUGGGCAGAAUGGGCUGAACCUUGUAAGUCUAUGAACGAAGUUUUCCAAACUUUGGCAGAGACCCAUAGUAAUUGUAAGUUCGUCAUGAUCGAGGCUGAGAAGUUUGCAGACAUUUCAGAAGCAUUCCAAAUAGAAGCCGUUCCGGUAUUUCUUGUCUUGAAGUUGAAUGAAUCGAAAAAGAGUGAUCCUAUAGAGUGCAUAGAGCGCAUUUCGGGCGCAAAUGCACCGGCGCUUUCUGACGUCGUUGAGAAAUACGCAAAGACAUCCGCUGCCUCCAUUCCAUCUUCUAUUUAUUCCAAACAACCUAACAUUGAUUUAAACACUCGGCUACGCUUGUUACUAGACAGCUCUCCAGUCAUGCUGUUCAUGAAGGGUACACCUAAUCAGCCUCGGUGUGGGUUCUCAAGACAGAUGGUAGAAAUAUUAAACAAAAAUAAUAUUAGUUUUAGUUCUUUUAAUAUCUUGGCCGAUGAAGAGGUUAGACAAGGGCUUAAGGAAUACUCUAACUGGCCUACAUAUCCACAAUUAUACUUCAACGGCGAAUUGGUCGGUGGUCUUGACUUGGUGAAAGAACUUAUUUCCAGCGGAGAGUUUUUGAACUUGGCUCCAAAACAAAAGAGUCUGGAUGAACGGUUGAAGGAAUUGACGACAAAAGCGAAUGUGAUGUUAUUUAUGAAAGGCGAGCCCAGGGCACCGCGCUGCGGAUUUUCCAGGCAGUUGGUUGAAAUUUUGGAAGGGAAAUACAUCAAGUUUGAUAGUUUCGAUAUAUUGAGCGAUGAAGAGGUUAGGCAUGGUCUCAAGACAUAUGCCGAUUGGCCAACAUACCCCAUGCUAUUCUUCAAGGGAGAACUUAUAGGAGGGUUGGAUGUAAUUAAGGAAAUAGUCAGUACUGGCGAAUUUGAUGAAAAACUUGCUAGCGAGAAGAAAGCUGAGCAGACGAAAACUUGA